AAACUUUAUAAUUAUUUCUGAUGCUUUGGUUCACAAUAUAUUUGAAGCUACCAAGAUAACUUGCUAUCAGCUAUACACUUCGCGAACGAUAUUAUAGUUUAUUUUACUUUCUGGGGAAAGUUAGAGUACUUUACGAUAGGUUACGCUUUGUUCGCUUUAGUUUAUGAACUAAUUGUCAUACAGUAUAUUAUUAUUAGUCACUUUAGAUAAUUAUUAAACAUUAGUUACAAAUUUAACAUUUUUAUUUUUGCCAAUUUGAGAUUGUUAUCUCGAAGUAUUCUGCUUUAUUACUUUAUAAUACAAACGGCACAUGUUCCCAUAUACAUCAUGUCUAUGGUGGCAGAUUUAAAAUCUCUUAUAGAAAAUGAGAUUCCAGAAGGAAUGGAAAGCCUUCAAGACAGUCACAUUAAUUUGGAAAAAGUUGCACAUUAUUGUGAAGAUAACUACGUUCAAACGGACAACAAAAAACAAGCACUAGAAGAAACAAAGAACUUUACAACCCAGUCAUUAGCUAGUGUAGCUUACCAAAUAAACACACUGGCCUAUAAUCUGCUUCACAUGUUGGACAUGCAGACAACACAGAUGGCUGAAAUGGAAUCUCAGAUUAACCAUAUUUCUGAGACAGUGAUGAUUCAUAAGGAAAAGGUUGCUCGUCGAGAAAUUGGAAUUUUAACAACCAAUAAAAACACAACACGGCAGCAUAAAAUAUUAGCUCCUGCGAAUCCUGAACGUCCAAUUAAGUAUACUCGUAAACCUGUAGAUUUCACAGUCUUGGAUGAUAUUGGUCACGGAGUACGAACUCUUUUAACCAACCCACAUUCAAAACGUACUCCUCCUCAGAUUGUUCAGGGACACAUAAACACCAGUAGUGCAGGGCCUGCUCCAACUACUAAACCUCCAACACCACCUCAGCCAGUAAGAGUAGCUGUUGGAAGUGGAGGAAGUCUUUCCCGCAGCAAUCGUGAAUAUAGGACACUAGCUCCACCUAUAGCUCCACCACAAGUUCCCAGCAAUUAUGCACCAAAUUUUCCUAUUGGUCACCCAAAAGCACCAGAAAUACAACGGGGAAAUGGUUAUUCCACUCUUCCUGCUGUAGGUAACCAACCUCAGUCUUUACAGAACACUGGUGCACAACAACCGCAAGUGGGAAUGGUUCAUCCAAUGUCUCAUCUUCAGCAAAACUUGGAACCUCCUUCACCCACUUCUCCACUUCCACCUCCACCCAUACAAGAAACAUCAAUGGCAUUAUCAAAUGAUAGCCUCCCUGAGCCUCCGUCUAAUCUGACCUGCAGGGAAUACACAGGAAAUGUGUCACCACCACCUCCACCACCUCCAUCUGAACAUGAUCGGAUACACCCGCGAAGCAACAUGCCACCUUCUUCUCAAGCCUUUUUACAGACACGAGGCAGCUCUGCUGAGCCUGACUGGGCACCAAACAAUUAUCUAGAAAAAGUGAUUGCCAUCUAUGAUUAUGUGGCUGACAAAGAAGAUGAAUUGACAUUUGCAGAGAAUGCUGUGAUUUAUGUCAUGAAAAAAAAUGAUGAUGGGUGGUAUGAAGGAAUUUGUGAUGGAAUUACAGGUCUUUUUCCUGGAAACUAUGUGGAAUCAUGCUUGUAAUGUUUACAUGUUGAAAAUAUGAUGAAAUCCUAUAGAACGAUUUGGUUAUUUUACAACCUUAUUUUUAGUGAUAUCUAACAACACUACAUUUAAUGUUCUUGGUUAUUAGCAAAAUUUUGUAUUGUGGUGGAAGUUUUACAAUGAAAUUCUGUCAGAGAAAUCAGUUUUAAGGUUUCUAUUACAAAGUUUGAGUGUUUUAAACGUAACAAAUUUUCUUUGUAAAACUGUUUUAAUACAUGUUAUUCAGCUUAUAUUAUUGUCUUCUAUUAUGAAUAUUUUACUUCUGAAAAGCUGUUUGUCAAUAACUUUGUUAAAAUACAAUACAUUUUUAUAAUUCCUAGAUGAGUUAUGCCACAGACGCAAUUGUACUAUAGUUCAUGUUUGAUUUGAUUUAUAUAUUUUUUGUUUUUUAUUUUCUAUAUUCUAUCAGUUAUAAAUACAACUAACUUAGAUAAUUAAAGACAGGUUUGGUAAUCAUGUGAUAGCCUAAGAAUAAAUCAAAUAGUAAAUUUGUAAGAAAAGUUUUUCAUAAAACUGGAUAUGUAAAGAGUACAUUUUCUUAAAUUGUAAUGUUUAUCCUUCCAAAUUAAAAUCUGCAAGUGAAUUAAUUAUUUUACAUUAGAAUCUCGAGCUCUGAGAAUAAAAUAAUAUAUGAAUGAUAUUGAAAACAAGUAUUGCUUUCUCUUAUGAUGUGUGUAUUGACUAACCUAAUGUGUAUUAAUUCACCUUCAGUAACUCUAUGAUGUGUAUGCUGACUAAUGUAAUGUGUACUAAUUCAACUUAAGUUACUCUAUGAUGUGUGUGUUGACUAAUGUAAUGUGUACUAAUUCAACUUAAGUUACUUUAUGAUGUGUGUGUUGACUAAUGUAAUGUGUACUAAUUCAACUUACAUUACUUUAUGAUGUGUGUGUUGACUAAAGUAAUGUGUACUAAUUCAACUUAAGUUACUUUAUGAUGUGUGUGUUGACUAAAGUAAUGUGUACUAAUUCAACUUAAGUUACUUUAUGAUGUGUGUGUUGACUAAUGUAAUGUGUACUAAUUCAACUUACAUUACUUUAUGAUGUGUGUAUUGACUAAUGUAAUGUGUACUAAUUCAACUUAAGUUACUUGAUGAUGUGUGUGUUGACUAAUGUAAUGUGUACUAAUUCAACUUAAGUUACUUGAUGAUGUGUGUGUUGACUAAUGUAAUGUGUACUAAUUCAACUUAAGUUACUCUAUGAUGUGUGUGUUGACUAAUGUAAUGUGUACUAAUUCAACUUAAGUUACUUUAUGAUGUGUGUAUUGACUAAUGUAAUGUGUACUAAUUCAACUUAAGUUACUUGAUGAUGUGUGUGUUGACUAAUGUAAUGUGUACUAAUUCAACUUAAGUUACUUUAUGAUGUGUGUGUUGACUAAAGUAAUGUGUACUAAUUCAACUUACAUUACUCUAUGAUGUGUGUUGACUAAUGUAAUGUGUACUAAUUCAACUUACAUUACUCUAUGAUGUGUGUUGACUAAUGUAAUGUGUACUAAUUCAACUUACAUUACUCUAUGAUGUGUGUUUGACUAAAGUAAUGUGUACUAAUUCAACUUACAUUACUUUAUGAUGUGUGUGUUGACUAAUAUAAUGUGAACUAAUUCAACUUACAUUACUCUAUGAUGUGUGUGUUGACUAAUGUAAUGUGUACUAAUUCAACUUACAUUACUCUAUGAUGUGUGUGUUGACUAAUGUAAUGUGUACUAAUUCAACUUACAUUACUUUAUGAUGUGUGUGUUGACUAAUGUAAUGUGUACUAAUUCAACUUACAUUACUCUAUGAUGUGUGUGUUGACUAAUGUAAUGUGUACUAAUUCAACUUAAGUUACUUUAUGAUGUGUGUGUUGACUAAUGUAAUGUGUACUAAUUCAACUUACAUUACUCUAUGAUGUGUGUGUUGACUAAUGUAAUGUGUACUAAUUCAACUUUAGUUAUUAUACUGAAUUAAGUAGUGAAUAUUUUUUUCUUCUGAUAUUUGGGAGUAUUGUUACCAAAUUAUUUGAUAAAAGGUGCAUAUGAUUUUGUAAAUAAACUGAAAUAG